ACAGGUCUUAGGUUACGGAGCUGGCUCGGGAGCUUUUGAAGUUGUGCGAUAUUGUUUUUACGGUGUUGGUGCUGUGCAGCUCGGUUCUAUCGGAUGCUCUGUUCUCGAAGUGAGGAGUCAGGCAAUAGAGGAUAAGGCACAUGUAGCAGCUAGAAAAUAAAUCAAACAACAAAGCGCUUGCUCGUGCAGAGAUUCAUAUAAAUCAAAAACAGUGAAAACCAUACAUUCAACAAACUUUACAUUUUCAAAACUUAACAAAAACGUUGACCAACAGUAGCAAAAUUUCCAAUAAAGCAUAACGAACUGCAUAACAGAAUCAACAGGAACAAAGCACACAGCAAAAAAGUGCAUUCCACUUUUACCCAGCGACAACACGCCCAACAGUAACUCCUGGUGCUCAUACUUCAACCUCAAACAACACCAAAAUGGAGAUCAUGAAAAUAUCCAUCUACAAGCUGCUGCUGUUCGUCAUCCUCUCAACGGUGAUGCUAUGCUGUCACACGUCCGAAGCUGGACCGGCCCGCCAGCUGGCCAGCCUGGCCGCGAGAGCCUCCAAGAUCCCGCGCUCGAUACGGGCGCCCUUCCGCAACUCGGAAAUGAUGACGGCACGAGGCUUCGGCAAGCGCCGGGCUCCGAUUGGCGUCAGUUUCGGCAGUGGCCGGCCAGCACACCACAGCCUGGCAGCGGGCGACGCUGAGUCAGCACCAUGGGCCGAGGAAAAGCACGACAUCAGCAAGCUGAUGGAGGAUCUGGCGAGCGUCGAUCAGAACGAUCCCCAGCAGCAACUGAUCGGAGGAGAUCAGGAGAACAGCUUCCCGCUGGAGUGGUUUGCGAACGAAAUGUCCACCAAUCCGACACUGGCCAAAUCGAUUCUGCAACGUUUCGUCGACACCAAUCGCGACGGGCUGCUGGAAACGGGCGAGCUGAUGCCGGGCGCGGGAGCGAACGGUAACGAGCUUGGGUCUGAGCUGUUCUAAGAAACGUCUCUCCUCUUCAAAAGCUCACCCAAAGCAAAGUCAUUAAAGGAUGGCGUCGUCUGGUACUGGCUUAAACGUGUUUAGACUGGAGUCUGGAGGGCAUGGACAAAAGGGCACACCAGCAGGACACUUUCUCUGGACGCUACACAGUUAUCUACAUCUUUCCGCCAUUCAACCAUCGAUUCCUGCACAAGCAACCCGUUUCUUUCAAAUCCAAAUGAGGCUGGCAUUACUCGUAUUUCCCCCUGAUCUACAACUAUAUAAACUUUCAUUUGAUUUAUUGCAAACAAAAAGACUCCAAGAGCAUAUGAACUAUUUACGAAAUCUUUGAAAAAGAAAAAGAUCAAAAUCAAAUGAUCCUUCUCAUCUCCUUCUCUCUCUCUCUCUCUUACACCCCUAGAGGUAAAGCAACAGAGCGGCACUACAAUGCACGACAACACGCCAAAGCGCCGGAAAGCGCCACCAAUAAUGGCUGGGUAUUGGGUGUUGCGCUUUCCGGCGUUUUCCCCGCAGUUGUCUUGUUUGAUUCUUUCGUUUGUACAAACCGUUUGUCACAAUCUCCGUUGUUUGCGCGUUUUUGUUAGCUGAAAUACACACUGGCUGGUGGUGUGGUGUGGUGUGUAAUACAUUUGCCUAUGUUUUGUAGCAUACACUAGUCGGUAAGAAGAAGCCAACCAAGGCGACAUUACUUUAGCGCACAAAUAAGAAAGGAAAAGGAAGUAAGAAUUCUAAUUGAAAGAGAGAGAAAAUACACAAACACAAACCAAAUCUUACGCACCCGUUUAGUGUGAAUAUGUGUAAAGUGGGGAAGUGGUAAAAAAGGGGGAGGGAAAGUUCAUUUAAUAACAACCAAGCUGAGAAUGUUGUAGUAUGAAGGAUUGAAGGAGAAGACAGAAGUGUAGUGAAAUGUUAAAAUAAAACAACAUUGCAAACACAAAACAUAAAAAAUAGCAACAAAAUUGAGCAACAAACACCGGCAAAACAGACACACACACACACCAAACAAAACACAGUUGUAAAAUAACGAGCGAGAAAUAUAUUGGGUUUGAAACAGCAACAA